CACACAUUUGUUUUCACUCAUCAGGAAGUAAACCUCACCCGAGAGCUGAAAUGGCGCAGAGAGGGGAUCAGCUGGACAGAGAAACUUUCUGUUGUUCAAUCUGUUUGGAUCUACUGAGGGAUCCGGUUGCUAUUCCCUGUGGACACAGCUACUGCAUGAGCUGUAUUAAAUUACACUGGGAUGGAGAGGAUCAGAGGAGGAUGUACAGCUGCCCUCAAUGCAGACAGACCUUCACACCGAGGCCUGUCCUGAAGAAAAACACCAUGCUAGCAGCUUUAGUGGAGCAGCUAAACAAAACUGGACUCCAAGCUGCUCCUGCUUAUUAUGGCUAUGCUGGACCUGGCAAGCAGAGGAAACUUGAGGUGAGUCGACUAAACAUCCAGCAGAGAAUCCAGGACAGAGAGAAAGAUGUGAAGCUGCUUCAACAGGAGGUGGAGGUCGUCAGUCGCUCUGCUGAUAAAGCAGUGGAGGACAGUGAGAAGAUUUUCACUGAGCUGAUCCGUCUCCUCCAGGAAAGAAGCUCUGAUGUGAAGCAGCAGAUCAGAUCCCAGCAGGAAACUGAAGUGAGUCGAGUCAAAGAGCUUCAGGAGAAGCUGCAGCAGGAGAUCAUUAAGCUGAAGAGGAAAGACGCUGAACUGAAGCAGUUCUCAUACACAGAGGAUCACAACCAGUUUCUACACAACUACCCCUCAGUGUCACAACUCAGUGAACCUACAGACUCAUCCAGCAUCAAUAUCCGUCCUCUGAGAUACUUUGAGGAUGUGACAGCAGCUGUGUCAGAGCUCAGAGAUAAACUACAGGACAUCCUGAAGGAGGAAUGGACAAACAUCUCACUGGCAGAGAUUGAAGUGGACGUUUUACCAUCAGAACCACAACCAGAGCCGAAGACCAGAGCUGAGUUCUUACAAUAUUAUAGUAAAAUCACUCUGGAUCCAAACACAGCAAACACAUGUAUGUUAUUAUCUGAGGGGAACAGAAAAGUAGAAGGGGUGACACAUCAUCAGUCUUGUUCUAGUCACCCAGACAGAUUCACUAUAUGGUCUCAGGUCCUGAGUAGAGAGAGUCUGACUGGGCGUUGUUACUGGGAGGUGGACUGGAGAGGGACAGGAAUCCGUAUAGCAGUCGCAUACAAGACUAUCAGCAGAGUAGGGAGCUCGAAUGACUGUGGAUUUGGAUAUAAUGACAAAUCUUGGAUGUUAUAUUGUCACACUAAUGGUUAUACUUUUUAUUUCAACAAUGUCAAAACUCCCAUUUCAAGUCCUUGGUGCCCCAGAUUAGGAGUGUACCUGGAUCACAGAGCAGGUAUUCUGUCCUUCUACAGCGUCUCUGAAACCAUGACUCUCCUCCACAGAGUCCAGACCACAUUCACUCAGCCUCUCUACGCUGGACUUUGGCUCGGAUGUUCUUACGGAGACGCAGCCGAGUUGCGUAAACUCAAAUAGACAAAAGUCAGAUUCUACUUCAUGUGUCAGAUUCUGUGUUUUUGAUUUUUCAUGUUUUUGUCUCCAUGUUUUCAAACUGCUCAGAGUUCAGCUGUCACACUAAUAGUGAUUGUCAACACUUUUU